AAGCUGCUCUGAAGGGGAGUCGCCAUAGCAACCGAACGGCUGAGCUAAUUUAAUAAAGACUAAAACUUCAUUUGUUUAAGUUAAUUAAACUUUUUUUCCCCCUUUAAGGGGGAGUAAUCCAAUAAGGAGGAGAGACCGAAUCGCCCCUCUGUGUUUUCCUCAGAUACUAAAGCCAAAGCAGCAGAGGAACUCGGCACAACUCAGCACAGCAUCAAACACUGCUGCUGUUGGACCCACAAUGUCAGAACGCUAUGAUUGUCACUACUGCAAGGAGUCCCUGUUUGGGGCGAAGUAUAUUCUGCGAGAAGAGAACCCCUACUGUGUGAAGUGCUACAACAGCCUUUACUCCAACACCUGCGAGGAGUGCAAGAAACCCAUUGGCAGCGACAGCAGGGAUCUUUCCUAUAAGGACCGCCACUGGCACAGUGACUGCUUCCAAUGCUUCAAGUGUAGACACUCCAUAGCAGACAAACCGUUCUCAACCAAGGAUGAGCAGCUGCUCUGCACCGAGUGCUACGCCAACGAGUAUUCGUCUAAGUGCCACAAGUGCAAGCAGACCAUCAUGCCUGGUUCGAGGAAAAUGGAGCACAAGGGUAGUAGCUGGCACGAGACAUGCUUCACGUGUCAGCGUUGUCAGCAGCUCAUCGGCACCAAGAGCUUCAUCCCGAAAGAUGACGGCAACUACUGUGUGCCCUGCUACGAGAAGCAGUUUGCCUUCCAGUGUGUGCAGUGCAAGAAGCCAAUCACCACUGGCGGUGUGACCUACCACGAGCAGCCGUGGCAUAAAGAUUGCUUCCUGUGCACGGGCUGCAAGGAGCAGUUGGCUGGACAGCGCUUUACGUCUCGUGAUGGCUUCCCUUACUGUCUUGCCUGUUUCUGCACCCUUUAUGCUAAGAAGUGUGCCUCCUGUACCAGCCCUAUCAGUGGUCUGGGUGGCAGCAAGUAUAUCUCCUUCGAGGAGCGCCAGUGGCAUCAUGACUGCUUCAGCUGCACGAAGUGCGCUGUGUCCUUGGUGAAUCGUGGCUUCCUGACCGUGAGGGACAACAUCCUGUGUCCUGACUGUGGCAAAGACGUCUGAGCACUGAGCACCUGAGUGGAAAAGUAGCUGACGGCAUGAGAUAAUAAGUAGCUGCUGAUGUUGAAUGACUAUUUUAAUUUGAAGAUUUUGUCAAACUUUUCACUGACAUAUCUAAUCUGUUUGAGUGAUUCAUAUAUAUAUAUAUAUAUAUAUAUAUAUAUAUAUAUAUAUAUAUAUAUAUAUAAUAUAUAUAUUUUAAACUAGAUAACGAUGUCAUUAUAUCAUUACGAAUAUAUAAGUAGGAAACGUCCCCUUAUGAGGCUGGAUAGCCAAACCACAGUAGUACCUGCACUGUGAAAGGCUUUAUGUUGACUCUAAAGACUAUUGUGAUUUAAGGUAUUGCCGAUUUCUAAGGACAUAACACUGAAAUGGACUAAUAGCAUGAUUCUGCAGCUGUUUAUCUACAAAAUUAAGAGCUAUGGCUGUUAAUAAAAUAGACGAAAAAUGCA